UAGAUUUGCUGAAAACUGUAACGAGUUUUUGAAAUGGAUUGCGUUUUUUCAAUUUUUUAUAAGUGCAAUGUCUAUAGGUAUCACUUUAUUCCAAAUGACAGUAGUUACACCCUUUAGCAGCGAGUACUUUUCACUCCUUUCAUAUGAAUUCGCCAUUAUAGUGGAAAUUUUUAUGUAUUGCUGGUUUGGAAACGAAAUAGAAGAAAAAAGUACAAAUAUUCCUUACGCUGCAUUUGAGUCGGACUGGGUAGAUGCUUCCAAAGAAAGCAAGGGAAAUAUGAUAAUUUUUAUGAUGCGGUGUCAAAGACCACUACAAAUUUCUGCUUUAAAUUUGUUUUACUUAUCUGUUGAAACAUUUAUUAAGAUUCUUCGAGCAGCUUGGUCAUACUUCACACUUCUGUAUCAAAUGAGCACUAGAAAAUAGUCGGCG